CACUCCCUCCACAGAAGCCUAUGCCACCGUUCCCAUGUUCUCCUCCUCUUCGCGUUCCCAUCUCAUGAUCAUGAUGGGACUCCGCUUUCCUUUUCCCUUCUUCCUCCUCUUCUUCGCUUCCAUUCCACUCCUCGUCCAUGGCGGGAUACCCGAGCCUAGUUUCUACGACCCCAAACAGGUCAUCCAACUCUCCUGGCGCCCCAGGGUCUUUUUGUAUAGGGGUUUCCUCUCCUACGAGGAAUGCGAUCGUCUCAUCGAACUGGCCAAGGGUCAGCUGGAGAAGUCGACGGUGGUGGACAACGAGUCGGGUCAGGGUUUGAUGAGCGACGGCCGCACGAGCUCCGGCACAUUCCUCGAGAAGCACCAGGAUGAUAUUGUCAUGAGGAUUGAACGCAGGGUUGCUGCUUGGACCUUCCUUCCAGAAGAAAAUGCGGAGUCUAUCCAAAUACUGCGGUAUGAGAAAGGUCAGAUGUAUGAGCCUCAUUUUGACUUUUUUAAUGACAAAUUCAAUAUAGCACGUGGAGGUCAGCGAAUUGCCACGGUUCUUAUGUACUUAUCCAAUGUUAAGAAGGGUGGGGAAACAGUCUUUCCAUCUGCAGAGGGUGGAGUUUCUCAAUACAAGGAUGAAACCUGGUCUGACUGUGCAAGAACCGGUUAUGCAGUAAAACCUAAUAAGGGUGAUGCUCUACUCUUCUUCAGCCUUCACACAGAUGCGACAAUAGAUCCCAAAAGCCUGCAUGGAAGCUGCCCGGUCAUCAAAGGUGAAAAGUGGUCUGCAACAAAAUGGAUUCAUGUGAGGUCUUUUGACCAUCCAGUCAGACAAAGCUCAAGCGUAGGAUGUUUGGAUGAGGAUGAGCAUUGCCCAGAAUGGGCUGCUGCAGGGGAGUGUGAAAAGAAUUAUCUAUACAUGGUAGGAAUCAAAGAUUUUGAUGGAUACUGUCGGAAGAGUUGUAGGGUAUGCGAAUCAUAAUCUCUGGUUCAUACUAUGAAGUCUGCUGCUCAAUAUGUGUUGAUAAUAUUGAAGCAUGAUGAAAAAGGGAGGUCCAUUCAUAACUUAAAAGCUUUUUACCAAAGGUAAAACUUGAAUCUUACCCCAUUGAACAAUUGCGUGUCAUAUAUUUUCUAGCACAUCAUCUAAUAUUUGUUAUUUCCGGGA